AUGGAGUAUUUUGAUUUUGAGGAUGCUUCCAAUACCAUCCCAGGCUUGGACCUGGAUGAUUGUUCUUCAUUAGCAGGCGAAGCCAAUGAGCAGGAGGCUAAUGAAUGCUAUGAAUCACUUUUUUUCGAUAAGUCCAAUGCUCUUCCGGCUAGUCGACCAACAACGUCUCCCCCUGGAACCAUCAUGCUCAAACUCAUCAACAAUGUGGAAAUCGAAGCCAUUCCACAUACUUCUGAUAUCUCUACUGACUACCCCAUGUUUCGUGCCAAAGAGUCAUGUGAUCUUUGUGCAAGAAUGGGGUUGGACUGUUUUUUGGCGACAAGAGGAGCAUUGGUUACGGGCUGCACUUGUUGCAUCUCCCUUUACCGAGAAUGUAGCUUUGUCCACCCGAAGAUCCCCAAGGGCUUCGUCAGCACGUUUCCGGGUAUCACAGAAGACCAACAGGUCUGCGAGGGUUCCUUGACCGAACGCAGAAGGGCUAUGAAGUCCAUGGAAGAGGGCCGGGGCCGGAAAACUGGCGCCCGCUUUCCCAGAGACGCCGUUAAAAUCUUGAAGCAGUGGCUUGCGGAGCAUUCUGAUCAUCCAUACCCCAAUGAACGAGAAAAGGACGAGCUCAAGCAAGUCACCGGCCUCAAGAGAAGCCAAAUCUCCAAUUGGCUGGCCAAUGCACGUAGACGAGGCAAAGUCCGGCCUGCUUCAGGGCCGUCGUCUCCCAUGCUCGGCGCCAUCGACAUCCCCCCGAGACGGGAGAACCGGGAAAUGGCAGAUCUAAACCCCUUGGACCGAUGGAAAGCCUCUCCCCCCGAACACGAACCUGCGUCGAUGACGGCCAUUGCCAGAGCCGUCACCUGCACGCCUCUGCCCGUCCGCAACCCAUCCGUGUCCAGCCUUCAUAACUCCCGACCCAGCUCCAGGAAGGCGUCCAGCGAAGAUGACUCUUCUUUCUCCAUGUUCCGCGCUCCAUCCGUGAGCAGUUUUGAAACAAGAGAAUCCAGCAAUUCCGAUCUUACCUUUGCUUCUUCGAGGUCAAACCGAUCCAAGGGGUCAUUCGCUUCGUCCCAAGAUCGACGAAGGCGCCGGAGAGCACCGAUGACACAGCGCACCGCUGCACAACAGGCCAAGUCUCGAAAUGCGAGGAUAUUCCAGUGUACAUUUUGCACGGAUUCCUUCCCGGCCAAAUAUGAUUGGCAGCGUCACGAAAAGUCCUUGCAUUUGGCACUGGAACGAUGGACGUGCUGCCCCACUGGAGGCACUAUGACUGAUCCAUUGACGGGAAGAGAAGUUUGCGUUUUCUGUCGGGAAGCAAACGUGACUGCCGACCAUUUGGAGACCCACAAUUUCGCUGCUUGUCAAGAAAAGACUAUGCAAGAACGUACCUUCUAUCGGAAAGACCAUUUGAGCCAGCAUCUCAAAUUGAUGCACAAUGCCAAAGUGCAGUCUCACAUGGACACCUGGAAGAGCACCACCAACGAAAUCAAAUCGGCCUGCGGAUUUUGUCCGUCCAAGUUCACCACGUGGCAACAACGUGCCGACCACUUGGCUGCACAUUUUCGGAAUGGGGCAGACAUGAGCAUGUGGGCCAACGGUUGGGGCUUUGAACCGUACGUCGAGAGACUGGUUGAAAAUGCCAUUCCCCCAUACCUCAUCGGACACGAACGGAUGACCAUGGAGCCCUAUGUCGCCAGAGCUCAGGCCACACCUUCGGCCAACACCGACGCCGGGUUGACCAACGGCACCUCUGCAGAGAGCACAGAGCCUGAUCAGAUUACCAAAGAUUCCAACUGUUGGGGUAGAUUGGAGCAAGAACUGACCAAGUUCGUAUCUCAGCAGAAAAUCGCCGGCAAAAUCCCCACGGAUCAAGAGAUUCAGGAUCAAGCUCGUAUGAUCAUUUAUGAGGACAAUGAUCCAUGGAACUGGACCUGCGCUGACAAUCAGCAAUGGCUCGACACCUUCAAGUAUCAGCAGGGCAUUGGCACUCUCACUGAAGCCAUGAUGACCCAGACCUUGGCCGAAGUGCCUAUCAUGGCGCCAUACGUGAUCAAGGGCGGCAACAAGUCCAAACCAGUAUCUACGCAGCAGCGAAGAAGUGUUUCCAUUGAUACCACCUCUUUCUCCGCCAUGACAUCGGACGUCGGGAGUGCGCCCAAUUCUGCUAUGGCCUCCACUUUUGAGCCAAAUAUGGAUUAUGACUUUGACAGCAUCGACUUCAGCAAUCUCGAUCUCGGGAUGAUGGACGACAUGAAUUUUGACGUGGGUUUGGAUGGUCAAGGAGCAAUGUCUGGAGACAUGGGAGCUUUGACAUCGGCGCCAUUCUCAUCGAGCAUUCCCGGUGACACUUUGUUUGCCUCGUACGGCGGUGCGAAUCCGAUGAUGGGAAUGGUCGCACCCACGGGAAUGCCUGCGCCGCGGAAACUGCCAGAGAACCAUGACUUCAUGACGGAACAGGGCAUGAACCAGCUGACGGGUCAUAUGGCUGGAUUCAAUGGAAUGAGAAAUUGA